AUGACAACACUACUCGCAGGAAAGGUCGCUGCUAUUACGGGUGCAGUGACGGGCAUUGGACGAGCCAUCGCCCUCGAAUAUUUGCGCCAGGGAGCUGCCGUCGCUGUGAAUCACUACCCAGACUCAAAAUCAGACGAUCAAUUCAAGAGGUUGAGGGAAGAGGCUGGUGCUGGUGCAAAGCUCAUUGCCGUACCUGGUGACAUUGCAAAGCCCGAAACAGGAUCCGAUUUUGUUUCCAAGACAGUAUCAGAGUUUGGCAGACUAGACAUUUUCGUGAGCAAUGCUGGUGUCUGCCAAUUUGCCGAGUUUCUAAGCCCUGAGCUUCUCAAAUCGACCGUGUCCAUCAACCUCGAAGGUGCUUUCUUUGCCGUUCAAGCAGCCGCUCGGCAGAUGAAGAAGCAAUCGCCCCAAGGCGGCAGCAUCAUUGGUGUCUCGUCAAUUAGCGCUCUCGUUGGUGGUGCUGGUCAAACACACUACACACCUACCAAGGCAGGCAUUUUAUCACUUAUGCAGAGCUGUGCCUGCGCUCUGGGUCCGUACAACAUUCGGUGCAACGCUUUGCUACCAGGUACGAUCCGUACUCAACUCAAUGACGAGGACCUGGCAGACCCGAAGAAGAAGGAGUAUAUGGAGGGUCGCAUCCCGCUUCGUAGACUGGGCCAACCUCAUGAUCUUGCUGGACCCGCAGUGUUUCUCGCUUCAAACCUCUCAUCAUAUGUUUCCGGCGCACAACUAUUAGUAGAUGGCGGUGCUUUUGUCAACUUCCAAUAA